CCCACUUCAUCAUGGUGGACCUCUUCAUUGACCAUGUACUGGUGAAGAACAACAAAGACCAGGAUGAGCUGGACACAGAACGUGAGAUCGUCAUGCGCCUGCAGAACCGCAUCCUGAUGCUCUUCUUUGGAUGUGCUGCUUGUGAGAGCUGCCAACAGUUUGUUCCCACGCUCACCAGCUUCUUCAAACGACUGACAGAUGAAUCUUAUGUGGAUCGCUCUGCUCAGCUGGUGCUCCUGUACAUUAGUUUGGACCAGUCAGAGGAACAGCAAGAAAGCCUUCUCAAAGAGCUUCCCAAGAAGUCCCUGUUCCUGGCCUAUGAGGACCCCUACAGGAGGGAGCUGGAGGCCAUGUUUAAUGUAGAGGAGCUGCCUACAGUGGUGGUGCUGCGUCCAGACUGCUCCAUCCUCACCCCUAAUGCAGUGGAGGAGAUACUCGGCCUCGGCCCAGACUGCUACCAAAACUGGCAGGAGGCCGCAGAGCUCAUUGACAGGAACUUCAUGAUCAGCGAGGACUUUGAGCAGAAGUCAAUGCGCAGCUGGAGCGACCCUGUGAGAAGACUGAAGUACAAGGUGGAAGAUGAGAGGAAGAAAAAGAAGAAGGAGAAAAAGCACAGAGGCUGGGGGGGAGGUGGAGAUGAAGAUGCAGAGGCAGACAAAGGCGGAGGAGCAACACCAUUCUGAUGGAGACCAAAAACAAGAGCAGAAGACUCAGGGUUCCCUCAAAAGUUGCCAUGAUUAGUCAUCAAAGCUUGGACGCGAGUUUGCUACCGAUGAUGCCGAUGUAACACGGCUUUGUGUUUUCACAGCUGAACGUCAGAAAAGCAGAAGUUUUUGCUGCUCUGUUCAGGUAGUGGAAAUGUAAACCCUGCAUGACUAACUUAGCUUUUCUGUAUCAGCGCAAUACAGUGGCUGUGGUCUUACUACAAACAAAACUUCAUUGUGAGCAGGUUUGGAUAUGCCAGCAAAUAAUAAAAAGUUAUGUAAAACAGUAUCUAAAG